UGUAACUCCUUAUUCUUUCCUCAGCCCUUGUAGGUACUAUGUUUGUGGUUUGUGGAGCAGCAGAGUAAGGAAGAUUCAAGGACUGACUCAGGUAACAAGAGUCAGGUAGGGGAGUCGAUAAAACCACCCAAUUGGAGAAAAGGACGGCACCGAGGAGCCCAGAGUUAAUGCAAGGGAGAGCUGCCGGCCUGCCGGCCCGCCAACUCCAGCCUUCAGCUGCCUGAUCUGGACCACCCGGGGAGGGGGUGCAACCCGAACCCCACAGAAUGAGGGCGACCCUGGGCCGCCACGGCUCUUUGCUCCUCCUCCUCCUCCUUCCUGCAGUCGGAGGCAUCUCCAAGAGGGAAGUGUGUGACUGCAAUGGAAAAUCCAGUCAAUGCACCUAUGACCCGGCACUGUUCAGGAAGACAGAAAAUGGACUCCGUUGCCUUAACUGCAAAGACAAUACAGCUGGGGUACACUGUGAGAAAUGCAAAGAGGGGUUUUACCGUCAGUGGGACCGAGACCCAUGUCUGCCCUGCAACUGCAACUCCAAAGGUGCUCUCAGCCCUCAGUGUGACCACUAUGGACGGUGCAGCUGUAAGCCGGGGGUGAUGGGUGACAGAUGUGACAGCUGCCAGCCUGGCUUCCACUCCCUCACAGAGACUGGGUGCACGGCCAACAGGCUCCAGCAGAUCUCCGGGUGUGACUGUGACCCAGCUGGUGGCAUGGGGCAGUGUGACGCUGAUCGCUGUGUCUGCAAGGUUGCGGUUGUAGGAGAGCGAUGUGACAGGUGUCGGUCUGGCUACUACCACCUGGAUGCAGGAAACCCCGAGGGCUGUAUCCAGUGCUUCUGCUAUGGCCACUCAGCCAGCUGCAGCAGCUCCAGGAAUUACAGUGUCCAUAACAUCACCUCAGCCUUUCAUCAAGAUGUGGAAGGUUGGAGGGCCAUUCUCAGAAAUGGGUCCCCCAGGCAGCUCCAGUGGUCUCCACGGCACCAAGAUGUGUUCAUCAUGGUCAGAAAAUCUGAUCCAGUUUACUUUGUGGCACCUGGCAAAUUUCUUGGGAACCAACAAGUGAGCUAUGGGCAAACUCUGUCCUUCGAUUACCGGGUGGACCGAGGAGGACGGCACCCAUCCGAUCAUGAUGUGAUUCUGGAAGGGGCUGGUUUACGCAUCACUGCACCCUUAAUGUCCAUGGGGAAAGCACUUCCCUGUGGCAUCACCAAGACAUACACAUUCAGAUUGAAAGAGGACCCAAGCAGCGGAUGGAGCCCUCAGCUGAGUUCUUUUGAGUUUCGCAGACUUUUACGGAACCUGACGUCGCUCCGGAUCCGGGCCUCGUAUGGAGAUUACAGCACCGGCUACAUUGAUAACGUCACCCUGAUCUCCGCUCGGCCGGUUUCGGGAGUACCAGCUCCCUGGGUUGAACAGUGUCUGUGUCCCACCGGGUACCAAGGUCAAUUCUGCGAGGAGUGUGCUCCUGGAUUCAAGAGAGAUUCUGCCCAGCUCGGACCCUUCAGCACCUGCGUACCCUGUCACUGUCAGGGCGGGGGGACCUGUGAUCCUGAAACUGGGGAAUGUUAUGCCGGGGAUGAAAACCCAGAUAUCGACUGCUCUGACUGCCCCAUUGGUUUCUACAAUGACCCCCAAGACCCCCGCAACUGUAAACCAUGCCCCUGUCAAAAUGGCUUCAGCUGCUCAGUGGUACCGGAGACGGAGGAGGUCAUCUGCAACAACUGCCCUCAAGGGAUCACCGGUACUCGCUGUGAACUCUGUGCUGACGGCUACUUUGGAGACCCCUUUGGGGAACAAGGACCAGUUAGGCCUUGUCAGCCUUGCCAGUGCAGCAACAACAUUGACCCUAGUGCUUCUGGGAACUGCGACCACUUGACCGGAGAAUGUUUGAAGUGUCUCUACAACACCGCUGGCUUCUCCUGUGACCAGUGCAGAGAUGGCUACUACGGGAACCCCCUGGCCACCAACCCAGCAAACAAGUGUCAAGCUUGCAACUGUGACUCUGUGGGUUCAGACCCCCUAGAAUGUCGGGACGACGGGACCUGCAUCUGCAAGCCGGGGUUCGAGGGCCCCACUUGCAAGAUCUCAUCUUUGAACUGCCCAGCCUGCUACAACCAAGUGAAAACUGAGAUGGACCAGUUGUUGCUGCAGAUACGGGAUUUGGACGUGCACCUCAGGGGUACCCCCGAGCCCAACACAGUAGUAGAAAGAAGGAUGCAUCAAGUGGAGGAGACACUUCAGAAUAUCCUGAGAGAAGCCCACUUCUCCGAAGCCACUGACAGGAACAUGAUGCGUAACCUGUCUCAAGUGAGAGCCCUGGAAAUCAACUACCCGAGCCGCUUAGAGGCGAUCAAGAGGAUUGUGGAGGAGAUACAAACGCUUGGCAACCAGUAUCAGAACCAAGUUCAAGACACCAGAAGGUUGAUCACAAAGAUGAGUGAGACCCUGGAAGAAAGAAAAACCUCCCUGAGAGUCACGAAUUUCCCGCCUUCCCUUCCCUCCAGUGGACUGAAUGACUUGAUCGAUCUGGCCCAGCAGUCUGAGGGGCUGGCAGACCGCCAUGUGGAAUCAGCCAACAGAAUGGAGCAACUGACCAAGGAAACAGAGCAUUAUUCCAAACAAGCCCUGGAGUUGGUGCGGGGCACCGGGAAUGGAGGAGGAGGCGGAGGCGGCAGCGUGGGCAACUCUGUGGUGCCAGAGCUCCGGAGAAAAUUGGAAGGUGCCAAGUCUCGGGCCAAACAGCUGGAGAUGAAGGCCUCUCAAGGGGACUUUGAAGCGGACAGGUCUUAUCAUCACAGCCAGCGCCUGCUCAACUCAGCAUCUCAAUUACAGGGGCUCAACGGGUGGUCAGUUCAGGAGGAAGUCGACCGGAUCAGACAGGAUGCAGACACUCUAUCCAACCAAGUGACCAGACAUAUGACUGAGUACAAGCGAGUGAAAAGCAACCUGGGAAGCUGGGAGCAGGAAACCCUUCAAUUGUUCCAGCAAGGAAUGAGUGAAAGACAGAAAUCAGAUCAGCUGCUAUCCAGGGCUAACCUUGCCAAAAGCCGUGCCCAGGAGGCGAUGAGCAUGGGCAAUGCCACUUUUUACGAAGUCGAGAGCAUUUUGAAGAAUCUCCGGGAGUUUGACCUGCAGGUGGGUGACAAGAAGAAAGAAGCUGAGGAUGCCAUGAGGCGGCUCCCUAUCAUCAGUCAGAAAGUCGCAGCUGCCAACAGUCAGACAGGGCAAGCAGAAGGAGCCCUGGGCAGCGCCGCUUCCGAUGCCAGCCUGGCCAAGAGCAUGGCGGACGAGACACUGAUGAUCACCAGUAGCAUUGAGCAGGAGAUAGGGAGGCUGACCUUGGAAGCCAAUAAGACAGCAGAUGGAGCUUUGGCUCUGGAAAACGGGCUAGGAGGUCUGCGGAAUGAUGUGACCGUAACCGAAGGGGAGCUGAAAAAGAAAGAACAGGAGUUUGAUAGGGGAGAUGCCACCAUUCAGGCGGUGAUGGAGGAAGUCAAAAGAGCCGAUACCAGGGCCCAAAGUGCCGAACUCACCAUACAAGAGACCCUCCGUGCCCUUGAAAGCAUCUGGCAUCUCAUGGACCAGCCUGACACUGUGGAUGAGGAGUCGUUGGGAUUGCUGGAGCAGAAUCUCAGCAAAGCCAAAAUCAAGGUCAACAGGGAACUGAAGCCCUUAAUGUUGGAUUUGGAGGGCAGGGCUCUUUGGCAGAAAAACCAUCUCCAGCUGCUGAUAACGAACAUAGACGGGAUCCUAGCCGAUAUAAGGAACCUGGAGGACAUCCGUGACAGCCUACCCCCAGGCUGCUACAACACCCAGGCUAUCGAGCGGCCUUGACCCCGACAGACCCACAGAGUCCCGUCCUUGUU